GUGAAUUCUGUUGUUUACGCGAACAGGUGAGUCAAUCGUUCCAUGCGAGCAAUGAAAUCGAAUUAAUUAAAAAUGUGAGCGAAUCCUAAUGGUAUCGCGCUGCGUACUGCGCACAUCUGUCCCAUAUUGCCAUCGGUGGUAACCUUGCCUUAGUCAGAGACUCGCACACAUCGAAAUUUCACUAAUAAACAAUUGAUCGCCCCUCGACUCAAUCAUAGUAGGCAUAGGUACGGCUAAUUCAAUAAUAAUCUAAUUCAUAGGAGUCAGGUCUGGUUUCCUGACUGAACGCGAUAAAAUACAGCAGCCUGCGUUAGUAUGGUUUGACGCAUCCACCGCUCAGCUGGGUUGCCGGUACGUUUGAGUAAGGCUGUUUUUUUAAGGAAGAAGUUUAGCGAUGGUUUGCGGGAAUUUUGGGGGUCUGUGGUUCGAUGUUUUUUUAAUUGUUUGUGUUGUGCGGACUUGUACGUGUUUGACUUUUAAGUAUCACAACAAUAGUGAAUUGGAGCAAGUUUUGAAGAAUUUUACGAAUACGACAACGAAUAUCAAAACUAGAUUGGAGAAUAUUGGAAAUUCUUUCAAUAGAAUACCAUUAUGGGCGAUAGAACUAACAGCCGCCGAAGAAAAUACGUUAGGAGUUCCGAAUAUCAAACUCAUUGGAAACAUCCAUGGCAACGAAGCAGUAGGAAGAGAAAUAAUACUGAAUUUUAUGGAGUACCUCCGGACUGAAUAUGACAGGAACACCACAAUCCAGUGGCUUCUCAAUAAUACACGGAUGCAUUUUCUACCGACUAUGAACCCGGACGGCUUUGCGGUCUCCCACGAAGGAAUGUGCUCUGGGGAGUACGGCAGGAAUAACGGAAAGCAAGGGGACGUGGAGGAUCUAAACAGGAACUUUCCAGAUUUUUUCCACGACAACAAGAUUCCCAGACAACCGGAAACAGUGGCUGUGAUGCGUUGGAUGGAUCGAAUACCUUUCAUAUUAUCCGCUGGACUUCAUGGUGGCGCUGUUGUCGCGAACUAUCCUUUCGACACUGUAAAGGAAGAAAGUUGGAAAACACUCUUACGGAGAAUUGAAAAAGCAAGGAAUUCUCAGGAAGAAUACCGACUGAGGCUACACUACUUGGCUUCCAAACCAAUAAAUCCACCAUCUUUAACGCCAGAUGAUGACGUUUUCAGACAUUUAGCUACUGUGUAUGCAAAUAAUCAUCUGACAAUGCAUAAAGGAGUAAUCUGUGAUAAUGGAAAAAAAUUCAAGGGUGGAAUAACAAAUGGAGCAGCAUGGUAUCCAUUUUCUGGUGGUAUGCAAGAUUUCAAUUAUGCCAAACAUGGUUGUAUGGAAUUGACUCUAGAAAUAUCUUGCUGCAAAUUUCCAAGAGCAAGUGAGCUGCCUCAUCUGUGGGAGGAAAAUAAAAUGGCAUUAUUACGCUAUGUGAUGGAAGCGCACAGAGGUGUCACUGGUCAAUUAUUGGAUUCUGUUACGAAUCUACCUGUUUCAAAAGCAAAUCUCCAAAUAUAUGGGAGAAACAUGACUUUCCAUCCUACAAAAAAUGGGGAGUUUUGGAGACUUCUUCUACCUGGAGAGUACCAAAUUCAGGUGGAUGCGCCAGGAUACUACUCAACACUGCAAGGGUUCACUGUCAGGAAUUUUUCAGCAGAUCAACUGCCAUCCUUGACGAAAUUGAAAAUUCUCCUCUUGAAUUCGACGAUUCCUACUACUCCAAAAGCAGAAACGCCACCAUCAUCAACGCCAACUAUCGGACGAGAUCUGAGAGAAACCACUGCAGAAGAAGGGCAAACUACCACCCUAUUAGAGUUCAAUUUGUUAGGACAUUUUCAACGUAGUGCCGAUUCUAAAUCUGAAUAUAGCAAGGGUUUGAAGCCUGAUAUUUUCUCCUGUUUCCUGUCGAUGAUUAUAAUAGAGAUAUUCCUGUUCGUUGUUUUAUAACACUGUUUUAUUUAAUUUUGCAUUCCUUUAGGUAUAGUUUCUCGAUCUGUGAUGUAUGUUAAGUAUUAAAUGAGAUAUUUCAGAAAUAAAUCUUUUACUCAUA